AUGAAGCAAAUACAACACCAGCUCAAACAAAAGCAGGAGCAAAAAGCAUCAUUAAUUAGACAAGUUGAAGCAGCCAAUCGUGAAGAAGAGCAACUACAACAGAUACAACAAAUUCUAUCAUCUUAUUUAGCACCUAAAUACGAAGCAGCUCGCAGCUCAACAACAAAGCAACCAAAAGAAGACAUUCAAGAAAUAUCAUCCGAUGAUAGUCAGUCACAAACAAUACAUAAAACAGAAAAACAACCUAUGGCAUCAAACCAAGAAGAAUACCCACCACUUAAAGCCGAUCAUGAAAACAUAAAGAAAUGGUAUGUAAUUAUCAAUGGAGAAAACGAAGAAAUAUAUGACGAUUGGGGAAUUGCUAACUCAUAUAUUCUUGGAAAAAAUGUCAUUCACAAAAGUUACAAAACAACGAAUGAAGCAGAAGCCGCAUACAACGAAGCAUACAAAACAGUCAUAAAAGAUAAUGUCGAAUGUUCAAAAACAGUUCACCUUACACCACAAAAACCCAUAUCCAAUUUUACCCCACAAAAACUUGUAUCCAUCCUAAAGUCUCUUAACCGAUUAAACACAAAAUUGCCCUUGAAGCCAUUCCAUCAACCAAAGAAAAAGAAGCCAUGA